AUGCAACGUUCGCCCGGCACGGAUACAAGUACUGGUGUCUUGCCUACCAGGCACGCCAUUGGAACUUCACCAGCUCUGCAAAGACUAGGAGACACAAAUGUGGAACAGAAAAGAUUGGGGAGAAUCCGGCGGUCGCGGGAUGCCGCUGUAAGUGGAGUGUGGGUAGUGCUGGUAACGGCACUGGCAAUUGCGACGCUGUUGACUAACUGCUUCCGCCUCUCUGAAGGCUGGAGAAGAUACAGAAAUGGGAGAAGACGACUGGCAGGUGGAGAGUGGGACUCUCCAGAUGACCCUUAUACGGAUGCCAUUGUUCAACUCUGUCUCGAGCUGGAAUCUAAUGCCCAGGGCGGCAACUUCGCGCCGUUAGCACCCACGGCUGCAGCGACAACCGCAGAAACAACGUGGGAAGCGGCACCACCAGCGGUAGCUUCGUUCACCCCUGCUCAACAGACAACACAGGGCGGCCCGGCAUCACAACCCAUAGCGACCUGGAAUUUGCCACCGCAGACCCAAAUGCAGCCCUUAACGUGGGAAGCGGCACCACCAGCGGUAGCUUCGUUCACCCCUGCUCAACAGACAACACAGGGCGGCCAGGCAUCACAACCCAUAGCGACCUGGAGUUUGCCACCGCAGACCCAAAUGCAGCCCUCUCCUUACACAAUGGUUGUGACGCACGCACCAGCAACGGUUGCAGCGCCAGCUCUAGUGACAUAUUCUGGUCCAUUGUAUCAACGUAUACUUCAUAGGGGGUGGAGUCCUGCGACCACGGUGACUUGGGCUUAUGGCGGGGGUGUUCGCGUUUCUCAGCCGCCCGUGCAGCAAGCAGGAGCGGCGGGCCACACAGCAGUGGAAACAGCGAACCCAAGUCUUUCCGCAUCACAUUCACCACCUACUGUGCAAGAGAAUUCCACAGGACAACGCCUCCCGCAAGCGCUGGGGAGCAGUGCAGCCCCAAGUCAACCUCCACCGUCACUGGCUCCUGUUACCAACCCCACCCCACAUGCAUCUGUACAGGGUCACCACCUACUGUGCAAGAGAAUUCCACAGGACAACGCCUCCCGCAAGCGCUGGGGAGCAGUGCAGCCGCAAGUCAACCUCCACCGUCACUGGCUCCUGUUACCAACCCCACCCCACAUGCAUCUGUACAGGGGUCCCCGAGCACUGAGGUUCCAGGAGGGGCCGAUCACACUGCUGAUUUAG